GUUCAGUCUGCUGCUUGUACUGCUGUUCCUUGGGCAUGGAGACCUACGGGAUACUCUUGAAUGGGUCAUAUCAAUAAAAGCUCGCCUCGUCUUGAGGCUUUCAGCGUUGACCUUUCCUCUAAAAACCACGUCCAACCCUAGAUGCUUAGUAGCUCUAUCUAAUUUGUGUUCAUCGCGUGUCUUUGGCCUACAUCCUUUAGAUUAGCGUCCUUUGAAGAAGACAUGAGCACCGGACCUCAGGAGCUCACUCCUGACGUCCUCCGGGCGCUGCAACAACAUUUACUUGCACAAGGUGCAGUACUACCUGAUGGAGUAAACCUUCAGCAGGCGUUGGCGUUCGCGCAGCAAGCAGCGUCCGGGGCAGCAACGCUGGGAGAGGCGGGCAGCGAUGCCGGAGACUCAGACUCGGAUAACGAGGAGGGCGCGGCUCGCCGUUCGUCAGACCGCGCGUCGAAGGGAAAGCAGGGGUCUGGAAAGGCCAGUAAGCCUGCGGACAAAGCGACGGGCGGGCGGACCGGUACAUCUCGGAUGAAGGGCAAGGAUGCUGAUGAGGACGAUGCCGACGAACGUACCAAAGGUGGAAAGGCUGGCAAGGGUGGUGCUGGAGCAGCCAAAGAUGCGCAACCGCCUCGCAAGAAGGCCAAGGUGGAACCUACGCCCGGCUCUGAGUCGCAGUUUGACCCGCUCCGAAACCUCGACGUGCUAGCAGCUGCCGCCCUGGCCCAAGCGCACGACAGGUGGGUCAGCUCCCAGCAGGCGAACAAGCCAGCCGCGCUAGGCGGCACCCCAGGGCCAUCCGCCGCCGCCGGCGCCUCCCCCAAGACCCGCUCAACGCCCUCCGCCGGCCCCACAACCACCACCGCCACCACCGUAGCGCAUGCCGUCCCAACCGCACACGCCGCGGGCCCUAUACGUGGCUUGCCGCCCCUAGUGACCACUGCCGCUGCCGGCGCAACCCCUGUCGGCGGCGCCGUCAGCUCGGGUAACAGCGCCGGCGCAGCUCCGCAGACCCGUACGACACGCGGCGGCAGCACCGGCAGUGGAGGUACGGCAGCCGGUGCUGCUGGCGUCGCCGGUGCCGGCGUUGCAACGGUCGCCGGCCAGGACUCCUCCCCACGUUCCGCUGCGCAGCCGCCGUCCGCAGCCGCCGCAGUGGCUCAGGUGGCGGUCGCCAUCCCCACGCGGCCCCGCACUCGGCGGCCGCUGCCUGCCCACAUUGCAACGCAGCGGCAGGUAUCCCUGCCGGGAGCUCGCACCUCCGGCGCAGGUGCUGCUGGUUCAGAAGGACCCAUGCCCUUGCAGAUGGAAGGAGCAGCUGCCUCCUUACAUGGCAACGGGGAAGGCGGCGGAGAGGCUUUCUUGGCGCAGGAGGCCGAGACGGUGAUGGAUUCUCGCGCCGGGGAUGAUGCGCCGGUGGCCAGUGGAGAGGGAGCAGCGGACAGCGGCGGCGGCGAGCUACUGGCGGAUGAUGAGCAGCUGCCGCCGCCGCCGCAAACACUGACGUUGCCGCUGACCAUGCCACCCCCGCAGCCGCAGCAGCAGCCGCAGCUCGACGCGCACUUCCUCUCGCACCACCUGACACAAGGGCUGCUGGCGGCAGGCAUGCCACCGGCGGCCAUGCCGACUGCAGGCGCCUUGAUCGCUCCUGCUCAACAACAACAGCAGCAGCAGCACCCACAGUUGCAGCCUGCACAACUGACCCAUGGGUCUCUAACGACCCAGAUCGCCGACGCGGCAGGGACCGCGGCUGCUGGUAGCACUGGCGGGGCGGCAGAGAACACUCCGAUGGCUGUGUUGCCGCCCCCUGCAGCAGCUCCUGCUGCCGGGCCUGCUGCUGCACCGGCAGCGGGAGCUUCGUCGGACCCCGGAGCGGAUCUUGCAGCGGCGUUGAUGUCUGGACUGGUUGCAGCGGGGCUGGAUGGCCACCAACCGCAACAGCAGCAACCGCAACAACAGCAGCAGGGGUCUGCCGGGGCCAUCGCGGCUGCUGCUGCCACGCAACCGCCUCUGCAGCAGCAAUUGACGCUGCUUACAGCUGCUGCUGCUGGCACGCAGGACGCAGCAGCUCCCCUGGUUGCAACCGCCGCUGCCGCCGGCAACGGCAGCGUCAGCAAUGCAGCAGACGCUGCGGGCGGCAACCUCACCAUCGCGGUUCUUCCUCCAACAGCCGCCCAAGCCGGCGGAGAGGCCCCAGCGGCUGCUCCCCAACCGCAGCCGACAGUGCCCCCGGCGAUGCCGCUGCUCCCGCCUCUCACCAGCGGCGCGGGCGGCUCCUCUUUGGCGCCUGGUGCCGCCCCUCCUCCGCUGGCACUCCUGGAGCAGCAGCUGGGCCCCGAGCCCCUCAUGGUCGCCUCGCUCAUCCAGGCGGCACUGGCGAGCCACGAGGCGUCCAUAUCGGCGCCCGGCAGCGCGGCGGCGGCGGCGGCCUCCACUCAGCUGAGUGAGCUGCUGGCGGCGGCGGCGGGAGGGAGCAAUCCGCUGGCGGCGGCGAUGGCGGCGGCAGCAGCAGCCGCCGAGGGCCUGAUGGCGCCGGGUUCGCUUGGCAGCGGCAGCAGCGGCGGCGCCGGCGGUCCGCACAUGCAGCAGCUGACGGGAGGUGCCGCCGCGGGGCUGGUUGGCGAUGGCGCCGAGGCGGGGGAGUUCGCGGCGGCGGUGGCGGCGGCGGCAGCGGCGGCGGGACGGAAGCGCGCUCCUCGGCGGCGCGGCGGCAGUGGCGUGGAGUCGGAGGGCGUGCUUGAUGAGGACAUGAGCGACGAGGAGGGCAGGCGGAGGGAGGGCAGGGAGCGGCGCAGCACGGGACAGGGCCGGCGCUUCUACGAGCCCGCGUUGAAGAUCGGAGCACGGGUUACCUUUGAGGAGGGCAUGAAGCUGGCUGAUGGGCGCAUCUACGUGCCGCUGCCCUUUGUGCACAAGAACUUCGCGGACCAGCAGUUCCCGCUGCGGCUGCCGGCGGAUGUGGUGGUGAACGGGGAGGUCAUCCACGAGGCGUUCAUGGUCAAGAUCGCUCGCAGCCAAAACAAGACCCGGCGACACGGGCUGGGCAAUCACUGGGUCACCGGGCACCAGCGACUCAUCAAGAACUACAAGGACGUGCGGCUGACGGGGCUGGAGCUGGUGGAGGAGUCCAAGCUGCGCAUCCUGCUGACCGCCUCAGGCACCUGGGACGACCCCAACCCGCAGCCCGCAGCACUCACCCACUCGCAGCACCAGCAGCAGCACCCGCAGCUGCAGCUGGGCGGCCCGGGGGGCCCGCUGGGGGCGCUGCCUCACCCGGGGCUGCUGGGGCUGCCGGGGGGACCCCCGGGGGGCUUCGGGCAACCAGGCGGCCUCAUGUUGAAGGCGGACGGCAGCAACCCGGCUGCCGGGGGCUUCGACCUGGGCGCCCUGCUCGCCAUGCAGGCCGCCGCUGCGGCAGCUGCAGCCGCCGGCCACCCGCACAUGAUGCCGCCAGGCCUGCCGGGUAUGCCGCCGCUGCUACCGGGCAGCAGCAGCACCGCAGCCGCAGCUGCAGGCACCGCCGGUGCGAUUGCUGGCGGCAACUCCGGACUGCUGCCGCCAUCCGGCGGCCUGCCGGGCCUCCCGCCGGGGCCCAACCCCAAUACCUUCCUCGCCAUGCUGGGUGGCGCCGCCGCGGGGGCACCCGGCGGGCCGCUGCCGGCCGGAUCUGCUGCAGGCACAGCGGGAGCCAUGUCGGUGCAGCCCUUGCUGCUGCCGCCGCCGCCGUUGUCACACCUGCAGCUGCAGCAGCCUGGGGUCGGCGGUGGUGCUGGUGCGGCGGCAGGGCCGGCAGCAGCGGCGCCGCCACCCCUCAGCGGCGGCGCGGGAGCCGCAGCGGAGCAGCAGCCUGGAGCUCUGGGCGGCGGCGGCGGCUCGGCCUUCACGCCUGCGUCGGAAGGGCCCACGAGUGCUGCCGCUGCUGCCCCCGCCGAUGGGAAUGUCGGCUUGGGCGGCAUGGCGCAGCAGCUCAGUGGGCAGGGGCAGGGUGCAAGCAGCGCGGAGGGGCUGCCACCGCAGCAGCAGCAGCAGCAGGCAGCUGCCGCCAUGGACGGCGCUGCGGCGGCGGCGGCGGCACCGCAGCCACCACCACCGCAGCAGCCUAGCAGCUUUGGCGGGCUGGAGGCGGGUGGCUUGGCGGCUGCCCUGGCUGCCUCGGACAGCGCCCAGCAGGCCGGGGAGGCAGCCGGGGUGCGGCCCCCCGCGGAGAACGAGGUGGAUGCCGCUGCCUCCCGAACGUCAGACGGCAGCACCUCGCAGCAACAGCAGCAGCAACAACAGCAGCAGCAACAACAGCAGCAGCAGAAUGCGGCAGCAUCGGCGGCCACGGCGAUGCAGGCGCUGCCCUGGCCGGGUCUGUCCAUGGCGCCCGGCACUCUGCCGCACAUGCUGUUGCCGCACGGGGUACCUCCCUCCAUGUACGCCCACCACCCACACCACGCCAUGUUGCAGCAGCAGCUACAGGCGCAGGGGGCUGGGGGGCAGAUGCAGCCGCCGCAGCAGCAGGCGGUGCAACCAGGAGCGGGAGCCGUUGCAGAUGCAGCAGCACCGGGAGCUGUACAGACUGCACCGCAGCAACCGUCGCCGCUGGAGUCAGGAGGCGGCGGCGGCGGGAUUGGGAUUGGGUCCCUGGACAGUGCACUUGCGGCCAUGCACAGCCUCAUCAUGGCUCCAGGCCUGCCCUCCCAGCAGCAGCCGGCGCCGUCACAGCAGCAGCAGCAGCAACAGCCGUCAGGAGCGGCGGCGGGCAUGGCCGGGCAGUUCGCUGCUGCGGCAGCUGCCGCCGCCGCCGCUGCUGGCGGGCACUUGGGCGGCCUCCCCGGGGCACCUCCAGGCGGCGGCAUACCCGGGCUGCCGAACAUCAUGGCCACGCCAGGAGGCUCGCAGCAGCCAGGCGGCGGCGGCGCCGCUGGCGGAAGCGCCGGCGGCGGGGCCCCCGGGCAGUUCACGCUGGCUCCAUCCUUCCUGUUGCCGCUCAUGCAGCCGCCGCCGGGACCAGGUACGGCAGCGGGUACGGCGGCGGCGGGACAGUCGACGGACGGCACUGCAGCCGGACAGCACCUGGGUCCGCUGUCAGCGCUGGCGGGGCUGCCGGCGGGGCUGAUGGGGCCCGGAGGCUUCACGAGCGCGGGCGACCUGCUGGCGGCGGCGGCAGCCAAUGGGCAGUGGAGCAUGGAUGCAAUCCAGACGUUGUUGUCAGGCGGCCAGGGGCUGCUGGGGCUGCCGCGACCCGUGGGUCUUGGGCAGCCCACACAUGGAGCCCUCAGCAACAACAUUGCAGGCGGCAACCAGCAGUACCCCCGCCUGUACGACGGGCGCAUCCACGUGCCCCUCAACCUCAUCAAUGCCCACUUCGCGAAUGUGGAGUUCCCGGUCACCAUCCACACUCGCGUCACCAUCAACUCGGAGUUGGUGGGGGAGAGCAUCCAGGCCCGCAUCGUCAAGUACAAGAAGCACCGGCGACCCAACCACUUCAACUACUGGAUCACUGGGCUGCAGAAGACACUGUCCAGGUACAACGACGUACGGCAGGCGGGUGUGACGUUGGAGCCGGGCAGCAACGUCAUCCGGGUCAAUCUGGUGGCGGCGGGGAGCUAGGGGCGGGGAGGCGGGAGGGGGAGAAGGACGGCGCCUGUGAAGGGGAGGAGACAAGGGUGCGCAGCCUGAGGGUCCCGGCGAGGGGCCAGCGAGCGGGCAGUAGCAGGAAGGCUGUGGGAGUGCGGUGAACUGGUGAUGGGCGGAGAGGGUUGGUGGCAGCCGAGCAGGUUGGAGGGCUUCGGAGCUGGGUUAGGGAGUUUGUUGUUGGCGUAAUGGAUGGUGGGUGCAGGGCGGGGGCUAACGUGGGAGCGGUGGCCGCCAGGGUCACGACCCGUGCAGUGCGAGAUUCGGAGUUUGUCGUCGCGUCUUUUUGGACCGGCCACGAAGGGCGGUGGGGAAGUACCAGUAGCACGGAUGCAUGCGUCAGUUUCGUUGGGGGGAAGAAGUUCACGGUGUGCACGGCGUGACAACAUCGCGCCAGUUGGGGUCGUUUGGUCGCAGAGAAUCAGCGGCUGAGCAGCUUGGGCGGCAGCCUUGCCGUGUUCGGUUGGGGAGAGGAGAGAUGGAGGCUGAAGCGGCUGGUACGCAUGUCGAGGUGUUGUGCUUGGGUUUCAAAGGUGUCUUAUGUUGCGGUCUACAAGGGCGGUGCGCCCGAGUGGGCUCCGCAGAUCUCUUGGAUCCCUCUGCGUGAGGAAGCAUUUUGGUUUGAAGAAGACAUCUCUUGCGUCUCAAGUGUGGGUGGGUGUUUAAUUCAACAAUAAACAUCACAUAAUGUUUUGAUGUUGUGAUGUGGGUGGGUGUUUGUGUGGACGUGUACCGUUGCCUCUUAUCAGGCUCUUUUCCACCGCAACCUUGUAGUGUCCACCUUAUAUCCACUCAUAAAUGCUCGCUGCAUGGGACCAGCUGGAACUCGACAACUGGACCGCUUCUAGCAUCAGCCCCGGGUCUCGAGGGCCGCAUGCAUUGAUUGCAUGACCUACGUGUGCCGUACAGCAGCAUGUAAAGCGCCGCACCAAACCAUCCUGGUUAGCCAACGCGCCACAAUGACGUGGCAUUCAGGAAGUGCCAUGCAGCUGGCAGCAGGUCUGGCGUCUGGGCUCGCCCGCCGCAGGUGCUGUUGGGGACCUCUCCCGAGUUGGCGCUUACAUGUAACCGUUCGUCCGCUCAAAAUUCAACCAAGACCCCAACAGUGGAACC